AUGAGCACUAAACGCUUCACCGUGAAUCCUUUUGAUGAUUUAAGACUGUCGGUUGAUGAUCGCACCAAACUUUUAGCAGUCGCAGAGGAGCUGGUGCAUGCCAAAUUUGCAGAGUAUGAAGAGUAUAUUAAUAAGAGGAAAUGGAUUGAUCCAGUUCGGUGGAAAAAGUGCUCGCAAGCUGGGGCUGCAACUACCUUUAUGGAGCGGAAGAGCGUGAAUCCAGGUUCCAAAAUGGUGGCAGCGUUAAUGGUGGGCCCUCUUUUUGGUACAUUGGAUGACGUAAUGUUUGGCCUUGUCUGUCCUACGCUUGAGUCGAUGCGAAUUAAGGCAUCGUACUUGCACGACUUUAGUGCCGCAGCUGUUCUUGCAACGAUUUUAGAACCGACAGAAGACGAUCCGUUCCGAUCGGUUGUUGUCAAGUGGAUGGAGAUUGAUAUUCCUGGCGCUUCAUUUGGCUUUGUCCGCAAUCGAGACUACGUUUAUUUAGAGAGCACGGGAAUUCUACACUUGAAGAACGGUGAACGUGUGGGAUACCAUUUACUCCAUUCUGUAAGUUUUGCACAAACGCAUGAACGCCCUGGUCGAAUUCGCGGUAAUAUGUCGCUGUGCGGAAUCUUUCGACAAGACGGACCAGACCGGACGGACUGUCGGGGUACCAGUGUCAUUGAUCCAAAGGGUGACAUCAUUCCGUCCAUGGCAAUGAUGAGAUUGGUCAACGCUACUAUGGCAGGGGUACGAUAUUCGUACUGCGGACAGAUGAAGAAGCUCGCGUGGUUAGUUGAGCAACGGCAUGCCGAGGCAAGUAUCUUCGAAAUAGGAGGUGGAAUGGUUCUGUCGGCCUUGUGUUUGACGUGUUAUGCGCUCGUUGGAUGCUCGAAUCCAGGCAUUGUCAGAAGGAUCGAAGUGCCACCUGAUAACACGUAUACUUAUUGUGACCAUUGUGACUCGUACCGGCCAGAAGGAGCUUUACACUGUUUAAAGUGUCGGGUGUGCAUCGAGGAAUAUGAUCAUCAUUGUCCUUGGACGGGAAAAUGUAUCGGCAAGGGAAACGUGCACUUUUUUUACAUAUGGCUGCUCUUCUUGGUGCUGGCAUUCGUGUAUGAGGUGAUUGAAUUCACAAUGUAUUUACUCCCGUCAGAGACUCAGUCAAUUGAGUUGUCAAAUGACUCGUUGAAGAUUGAGACUCCUAGCAUAACGAUUAGCUGA